CUUUUUUCCUCUUUUUCAACCUUCAAGCUGCAUAUACGAGACAAUCUCGUAAAUAUACGCGUAAAGUGCAGCUGCAAAGGACGGAGCCACACUUGAACGCAGCCCUGAACCAAUCCCGUCGCAUGCGCAAUAAUCUCCGCUAAUGCCACGAAGGCGUAUAUACGAAUUUGACGUGCCAGACAUGCCUCUUCGAUGACUUUUUCAUCCACGUGACCGCAAUGUUUGGCACGUAAUACAUACAACAUACACAUCCCUUUAUAUAUAUGUAUAUAUGAUAUAUACACAUGUAUAAAUAAACUGGAACAUAUGUUAAUAUAAGUGCUUGCUCCUUGCUGCUGAACAAGGUUUAAUCUUUUGGCUUGCGAGAUCGAGGUAUCGACAUAGAAUUUAUUCUAAUCUUGGAUGUAAAACCGUGCAUCGUUUUUAAAGGUAUAUAUAGACUUUAAAACGAGAGAUGGCAACGUCCGAUAGCGACACCGACUUUGAGAGUGCUGACGAGGAGUUGAGUCGCGGUGGGCCUCCUAAGAGAGACCUUCGAACGACCUAUUGGACCUCGUCGACGGUUGACUCCGAAUCGGAUGACGAUACCGAAUUCGUCCAGCACGCGCCUUACAAAAGUUCAAAUUGGCGAAGAAGACCCAAGACUUUCCGGAAGAUCGCGACACCGAUUGGAGUAACAGGUCAAGAGACGUCGGUCGAUGAUAAGAGUGAUAACAUUGACAUUGGUGUCAAAGUUGAAAGCGAUGCACGUAUUGCCGAGUCAGUAGAAUCUUCUAAUAACCAAGAGGACACAUCUCCCAUUGCAACAAGGGGAUCACCAUUAUCAACUUCUGGGAUAUCGGUACAAGAUACUGAAUCUAUGGCAGAAAGCAGUACAGUUACAAAAUCAGAUGAUGCCAUGCCUAAAGUAGAAGUGACAAAGGCUGAGAAAGCCUCUGAAAGAACACAACAACGAAACAUGUCUCAUCGAUUGGGUACAAAGAAAUUGGCAACUAAAAUUACAAAGGACAGCGACAAUAAAAGUACAGACAAUCAAUGUUUAUCCGAGUGUUUGAAUGAAAGAUCGCAAUUUAGCAAAGAUACAGAUUGUGAAUUGCAAAAGGAUAAAAAUCAACUGGAAGAUGAUCAGUCUAAAUCAACAGGUAUAAAUGAUUUAUCAGAAAUGGACAUGCCGGAGGAAUUAAAGUCAAAUAAAAAAUUUAAAGAAGUUUUUCAGCCUGAAGGUUGGGAAGGACUUAGCAAUGAUAUUGAAUUGCCCGACGAAUUGACGGAAGAGAAAUUAGAGCCUGUAUUAGAGAGAUUGUCCUUGACGAGCAAAGAAUCGGACAGUUCUUUAGGAAAUUGGAGUAGUUGGGGAAAUUGGGGCGUAACUUCGUUACUUAAUACAGCUACGGCAAGUGUUUCUACUCUGACUACUCAUGUGUCUCAAGGACUUACACUUUUGGAAGGUACAAUAGGAAUGCAGGACUCCAAAGAAUCAACAGAGAUAAAGCAGGAUGAAACUACUGCACUCGAUGGUGUGGAAUUUCAAGAGAAGGAAAAUCAAUCAUAUAGUGCAUUUGGAUUUGGAAAUUUAAUAUCAGGAGUAUCUUCAAUUACAAAAUUGGUUGAAUCUACUGGUAGCAAAGUUAUGACAGGUGGUUUAGAUACAUUGGAAGCUAUCGGGAAGAAAACGAUGGAAGUAUUGCAAGAGGGUGAUCCUGGAUUAAAAAAGAAAAGAGCCUUCUUCAUGAACGAACCCGAGAAGCCAAAUUUAUCGCAAGUUCUUAGAGAAGCAAAGGAAAAAGCCGAAACUGAGCAAAAAACAAUCGAAGAACGCCAAUUGGCGAGAAAAGUGCAUUUCGAGAGUCUUUUCGACGAUUAUCAAGGACUCGUUCACUUGGAAGCUCUAGAAAUAUUAUCAAAACAAAGCAAUAUGAAAAUUCAGCAAUAUUUAAUCGAAUUGGACGCGAAUGAAUUGACUUCUGUGCAAGAAACAUUAGAAGAGAUCAAACAACUUUGUAAUUUGAAUGACGCAGAUGAUGAAGAUGAUAAAGAUAAUAAAGACUUGAAAGACAGAUUAGAGGACGCCUGUCACGAUCUUAGUGUCGAUAUUACUUACGAAAAGUUAUAUAAUGUUUGGACAGAAACGAAAAAUUAUCUCGCAUCAACGCAUACGGACCAGGAAAUCUUUCAGAAUGCUAUAUCGGCUCUGGCACAGUUUACAGCGUUUUCCAUAGAAAGAUUUCAUAAAACGGCAGAAUUACUGUUAAUCAAGGAACGACGCAGUACCGUCAACGAAGCCGACGCCUUGGUGCAACUCACCAAUAUUCUGUCUGAUCAGAUUAGCGUAUUAGCCAAUUUAUUCUACGAUGCAUUACAGAAAUGUACUGAGACUAUGGAAAAACCGAACAAUAUUGAAGCAAAUUUGGAAAAGAUUUCGUCAGAAGCAUGUAACGCAAAUUCAUAUCUUCAAGAUGCCUUUAAACUCCUCAUCCCUAUUCUACAAGUUGGUGCAAUUUGAUAAAAUAUUUUCGAGAAAACACUCCCAACUUUUCAUCCCAAACUCGAGUUGCAGAUAUGUACAUACUUUCAACAUCUUUACGUACAUUCUACAGAACUUAUUUCAAUCAGUGAUAAAUUUAAUGAUAUAUAUAUUUCUUGAUUAAUAUCUAUAUUUCGCAAGCAUUUUACUAUGUAAUAUGUAUUAAUAAAGCUAUAAAAGCAGUCAAAGCACAUA